GCCGUUGAUUUGACGUGAAACUCCGUGACGAAACACUUCCGUAUUUUAACCUCCGAAUGUGACAAACCGAUGUCAGGAUGGUUGAUGAGUCGACAAAGAAAACUUUGAGUAACAUACCGCUGUUACAAACGAAAGCUGGCCCCAGAGAUAAGGAUUUGUGGGUGCAAAGGUUGAAGGAGGAAUAUCAGGCUCUUAUUAAGUAUGUUAAAAACAAUAAAGAAGCAGACAAUGAUUGGUUCAGGCUGGAAUCGAACAAGGAAGGUACGAAGUGGUUCGGCAAGUGCUGGUAUAUCCAGAAUUUCCUGAAAUAUGAAUUUGAAGUAGAAUUUGACAUUCCUGUUACAUAUCCUACAACAGCACCAGAAAUUGCUCUACCAGAACUAGAUGGUAAAACGGCGAAAAUGUACAGAGGCGGUAAGAUUUGCCUCACAGAUCACUUCAAGCCACUGUGGGCUCGCAACGUCCCCAAAUUUGGCAUUGCUCAUGCUAUGGCUCUCGGUUUGGGGCCGUGGUUGGCGGUCGAGAUUCCAGAACUUAUCGAGAAAGGCGUCAUAGUUCACAAGGACGAUGAGAAGAAGACGUGAAUAUGGUAUAUACAGAGAACGAACAGGACUCUUCAGUGGAGAACGGUGCGAUGAAAACGGCGACAAAAUACGGUUGUUGAUAAGUAAUAAGUUAUUUUUUAUGCCUAUCAUUUAUACGAUGCGUUACAUUUUACACGAUGCGGAAUAUUUACAUUGUUCAGCGCGCGAAUAAAGGCUACUUAUCGUCGUCGCCGAGUUUGAUUUU